GCAAUUAGUCAGCUACGUGUAGAACGGUAUUUGUAGACAACUACGCCGCAUCGGAUCGCAAAGUAGGUACCUAGGUAGGUUGGGUAAGUAUCUCCAAAUCACGAUAUUCCGCAACAUGGCUGGAAUACACCGCCAGAAAGCUUGCAUUGCCUGCGCAGAUUCUAAGCGGAAAUGCGACAAGCAGCUCCCCGAAUGUCAACGUUGCUUAGAUAGAGAUGUAGACUGUGUAUAUCCCGAACCUAAGAGGCGGCGCAGAGACUAUAUUACGCACAACACCCAAGCUGGGGUCCCAUCCCUUGACAACUAUGCCGGUGGCGAUACUUUAGAGAGCGGUCUUAAUCUAGGAGACUGGGGCUCGGUAGGAGAGGUCGAUUUCGAUGUUUCCCUGUCAGACAUGAUACCAUACAUCCCAACGGUAAUACCUGAAGGCGAUGGCAUUUCUAGUCCACCAUACCCUUGGUUUCUCCAAGAUGAGACUUGGGCAAUGCAACACACCAACGAAGAGGCGGCUUGCAUGACCUUUUCGGAAUUAGAGCCUCUGAUUCGUGCGGUCGAGGAAAUGUUGCGAUGUUGGGUCAGCAAUGGGCACAAUAGCUUCAUCCAUCGGCGACUAUACGAGAAAGGCAUGCCAAUGUGUCUUCAGGACGCUUUCACGACACUUGCGACAUAUGUUAGCCGAUCACCAGCGAUGACGGAGACAAUCCUGCAGAUUGCGGAGGAACGCUCGUCGACACUAGCGCGCCAGGGUCUACCCGUCGCCGACGGCACACGAGGGAUGUUAAACCAUCUGGCUCAUGUCCAGGCCCUAUUUGUUUACGAGUUUAUACGUCUGUUUGAUGGCUCGAUCCGAUUUCGCGCAUCUGCCGAUAAGCAACUCCCCAUUCUUCGGGGGUGGGUCGCGGACAUGUGGGAAGCAGUAAAACGAUACCGAGGGGAAGACGAUAGCCAUCAGUCCUCGUGGAUGACAAGUGAGUUCGAUAGAGAGUAUGGAUCUGCGUCGGAGAUAUGGCGUCUAUGGAUUUUGACCGAGAGCGUUCGACGCACUCAUCUCAUUAUCGAUACCGUUAUUAAUGUAUAUCAGAUCAUGACAAGGGGUUGGGCCGAAUGCACAGGUGGCGUGAUGUUUACGGCACGUCGUGGGUUGUGGGAUGCUGAAUCUGCACUGGAGUGGCUCGAAAUGUCUCGUGCGAAGCCGCCACUUCUGGUGCCGUCUCUGAAGCCCGGGCCAUUGAUCUCGCAACAUACUGCUGAUGAGGUUGAUGACUUCGCAAAGAUGUUUUGGACUUACAUAAUCGGCCCAGACAAGAUUCGGUAUUGGAUUUACAAAACCGAUAAGGAGAGCGAGUCGUAAUCUACUGUACUCACAUCUAC